AUGUCUUUACUGCUUAGGACGCUUUUUACAACAGUAAAUAAAUCUAAGCGCACUGGAAGGGAAGUAGAAGAAUUAGUCUGUAAAUACAUUGAGACAGCACAGAUAGUAGAAGAAACCAUUCAAUCUGCACUGUCACAGGGUAAAGUAUAGCAUAAAUAAAUUUAAGUUAAUCCAAAAAUUAUUACAUAAUAUGCAUACAUAAUAUACAGAAAUGAGAAUUUUAAAGGAAUUGGAAUUUUUAGUUAAUAAAAAUAAUAAAUAAUA